GCUGCUGAAGAUGCCGAUGAACCGGAAGGCAUCAGCAUUCAGAUGCCGGGCCUCCUUGAGGAUCAGUUUGCGCGGCUGCGGGAGGGCCUUGAAGCAGAUGUUACGAGUAUCUUGGUCCGCCUGGCGGCCAUUGAGGAGGCCCUCGGGCUUCCGAAGGCAAGCCAGGCAGAGAUUCCGGAGGCCAAGCAGUCUUCCCUGGAGGUGACGACGGGAGCAGGGGGUCUUAGCCCCGCUGAUCAAGAGCCGGGGGAUCUUACCGAAGUCUGCUUCGAGGCUAGCACAUGGAGCGUUCCACUACUGAUUGGAUUGGUUGAUGCGGGCUGGUUCGACCAUGCCUUUGCGAUCAUACUAGUUUUGCUGAACCUUUUUAUGCAGGUUGCUUUCACCUGGGUUCUUCUCUCGGAAGGGUUCAUGGGCGACGGAUUGGAGAAGGAGAUUGACAGCGCCAAGAUCUGGCGUACAAGUGUAGCGCACGAUGCCAAGUAUCUGGACCUAUCAUCCACCAGCUUGGUAUCCAGAGUUUGCAAUGGUGACUCAGCACUAAUUCUGUCCACAACCCAAGCGAUACUCGUCAAUCACAUUAACAGCUUCCUCGGCCUGGAGAAAACGCAGAUUGAGUACCCCUUUUGGCAACCGGGUAUGCUUCUAUGUCUCCUUUGUAUUGUCUUUUGGAGCUUGUGCAUCUACCAGGAGUUUCGCAAGAUUUGGCAGCAGCUAGAGGCGACGAUUGAGAUUCCCAAGUCACAUCUCUCUGUGUUCCGCAACAACUCCUUUCAGAGCUUAUCUUGGUCUCGCUUUGUUGUGUUGCUCAUCAUUUACUUGGUUCGGGCAGUGAUCGCGUCUCUCUUGAUGGGGGCAGGAAUUCUUUGGCUGGCUCGAACAACAAGCAUCGAGGAGUUGAUGCUGAACGCAGUGGCCCUCAAUGCCGUUUUAGACGUUGAUGAAUUCCUAUUCGAGGGCAUGGCCCCCAUAAAGAUCCGUCAGAGAAUACAUCGACUUGAGCCGGUACAAGUCAGCUACAGCCGGUGCCGAAGCCAGUUCGAAUCCCUAGUGCACUUCGUCUCUCUGGUUGCUCUUAUUCUUGUGGUCUAUUUCUCUUUGCUGGUUCCUUUGGGUGAUACGAUGCUGAAGGUGAAGAACGAGCUGUGUGGUGGAACACAGACAUUCAUUGUCCGCUACAAUGAAGACACCCAGAUACCAUACGGUCUGUCUACGACGGCAUCCCGCGAUUAUGGCAGCCUUUCGCCCGUUGAGCUUGCUGUUUUCUCUCACAAAGCCAACUCACCGGAGAGCAUGCCGGAUGCAUCCGGUUCCACCUACAUCCUCUUUUCUGCGAACAAGGCCCUGUUUGAAGAAGAAAGCACUCGCAACAUGGCGGAGCAAGCCUCAAAUGCCCAGUUCUGUGUUGAGGUGCAUGCGCUGAACCAAGGAGGUAUGUUCAGCACGGACAUAGAGACGCAACUCUUGGCCAGACGGCUUUUGAAUAAUGCAGCUACAAGUGUAGGACGUUCUGGUGCUUCAAGCUGCGGCGAGCUGAGCGAUCUCUGUAACUUGGCCGAGUCUCGCCUGCUGCGCUGGGUGUGCGCUGACACUUGCGGGCCUGUUUCGACCACUUGCAUCACUUUGCCCACAGAGUUGUCGCUGUUCUGCAUUGCCGUUCGAGAGCACAUGCCCCGCAAGCUGCCGGGCGUCCAACCGAUCUUCUUAA